AUGUGUUCAUCAUCAUCAAAAAAACAAUUAACGAUUCUUUUUACACCAUUUGAUGGAUUUGGUCAUGUUUAUGGUUGUAUUGGAAUAGCUGAAGCACUUAAAAAACGUGGACAUCGAAUUAUCUUUGGAGUAACAACAGGUUGGAAAGGAAAAUUAUUACCUUAUGGUUUUGAGGAAAUUUUGUAUGGUGAAGAAACAAUACCAUCACAAAUACAUACAAAUACAAUUAAACUUCUUGGUAAUGAGUUACGAAAAAAUUCUUAUGGUCAAUUAGAAAUUUUUCACCAUCAUGCUCAAUGUAGUUUUGUAAAUAUGGUUAAAAAUGGUGAACCGUUUCUUCGUGAUUUAGUAAAGAAAGUAAAACCUGAUAUUAUUAUUAUUGAUCAUUAUGUUUGUCAACCAUCAUUAGUAUCAGCAGGAGUACCAUGGAUUUGGUUAUUUUCAGCUAAUCCAUUAGGUCUCAGUGAAGAAAAUUGUUCACCUCGUAAUUCAGGUUAUGCAACUGAUAGUGAUCGUAAUCAAUGGGAUAGAUUUAGAAAAGAAGUUAAAAGAAUUUAUGAACCUUUAUGGGAAGAAUUUAAUCAAUGGUUAAUAGAACAAAGUGCAUCACCAUUGACUAAACAAAUGUGGCCAUUUUUUCAAAAUUCAUGA